AUAUAUAUGACGCCAACUAGAUAAGGAAGCCACAGAGUAUUGUUGUGUACAGCUUCAGCGCAGCUCCAGCAGGAUGCUUCUGACUCUUUUCUGGCUCUCCUUGGCCGUUUGCUGCACUCCUUCACUUUCGGCCAAAGCAGAAUUGCCUGCACUCCUCCAGACCCCAGCAGCCAUCGUCCUGUCCAAGCUCAACUCCACGGCCGAGCUGCGCUGCUCCACCACACUCAAACCUCUUGGGCUGUAUCUGAAACAGCGCUACUCUAAGCCACGAGAGCUGCUCUAUCUAAGUAUAUCUGACAAUACUAAGACCAUCACUUCUGGUUUUGAACAUCGCCUGUCAGUCACCGGCGAGUGCUGUGACUUCACCCUGAGACUGUCUGAGCUGCAAAUUGAGGACACAGAUGGCUAUUACUGCCAAUGGGCGUUUUCUGAGGGUGAAGGUAUAAAAUUCAGCUACAGGCAAGACAAAGAGACAGUCAUCAUCGUGAGAGAUGGAGACCCAGAAGAGGAAUGCAAUAAACAGCGCAUGGUUCAUCACCUUCUCUUCAUCAUCAGCGUGCUCACAAUUGUCACAAUGUUCAUUAUUUGCACAGGUCUGAUCAUAUGGAAGUUCUGGCAGUCUUCUCAGCACUAUUCCCCUCAUAAGGUCCCUCACAGGUACCACCAGCCCCAGUGCUUGCAUCACAGAAGACAACAGCCUCAGCAUUGAUGUGCCUUCAUAUAUGGGUAGUUACCCAUGCCCUGUUAUACCCUCACACUGCAGCAGAUCACAGUUCACUCGGUCCACAGUUCCGCUGUGCAUCAGUCCACUUCAGAUGAGCUUAAGCCCAGAGAAGUCGGCAGCGUUUAUGGAUGUUGUUGACGUGUCUUCUGCUGUGCAUAGUACAGUCUUAACUUGCAUUUGUGGACACAGUGAUGAACAGUGUUUACUGACAAGGGUUUUUAAAGCUCAUGAGGUGACCAUCCAUCACAGAAGCAUGCUGUUUUAUGCAGUGCCAUUUGACAGGUUAAAGGUCAUUGACGCUCAGCUGUGUUUUUUCAGCAGUGUCCUUUAAACACAGAGAUUUUUCUAGAUUCCCUUGAUGAUACUAUGCACCACAAAGAAUGAAAUGCCACUUUUUUAAUCACUUGCUGAGAAAUGUUAAAUUACUAUAUUAUUCAAUAAGCUUUGUGAUAAACCUUGAUUCAUCCUGGCUCAUAAAGGGCUAGGCCUUUCCUGGAUGCAGCUGUUAAAUGAUUGCAUCGCCUGUUUGAGAUGUUUUUUUUUCAACAUUUCAGAUUUACAAAUCAAUGCCUACUCUUUUAUUUGCAUUUCACAAACUGUCUCAACUUUUUUUGGCAUUGUUGUUGGUUUAUAUAUUGAUCUAUAUGUAUGUGAAUGUGUCUGCUGGAUUUGUGUAAGUUGUAUCACAUUAAGUAAUGUCAUUAGAUUGAACUAUCAAACUAGUCCGUGACCAACCCUCACUGAAAUUGUAAAUUAAACUAAUCAGAAUCAGAACUUUGUUUGAAGUUUAAUUGACAAAGUUUUGUAAGAUGUAAAUCUCUCAACAACAGAAAGAACAGGUCAGAUCAUGUAAUUGAUUAACUGCACUAGAGUUCUUCUCACAUCUUCUUCACAUGGUUUCAAACUGAGGACAGUCUGCAGGGGUACACAUGUUGACUCAACACUGAUUCUUUCAUGAUGUGCUGCCAACUGUUUAUAUGACGUACCAGAUUUUUUUCUUGAUUUUUUUUUUUUUACAAUCGUAUGUGUCAGUACUGAGUAAUACUGAUCUGUUGUUGCACUUUGUGUUGUCAGUUUAUUCAUUGGCUGUUAAUUGCUGCAUGUUGGUUAGUGUAGUGGUUAACACCUCUGCCUUCUACACUGUAGACUGGGGUUCAAUACCCACCUGGUCAAACACCCUACACUAUAUCAAUAAGAGUCCUUGGGCAAGACUCCUAACACUGCCUUGGCCUGCCUGUGUAAAAUGAUCAAAUUGUAAGUUGCUCUGGAUAAGAGCGUCAGCCAAAUGCCGUAAAUGUUGAGUAUAUUUACUUCAUGUUGGAUUUAGUUUAUGGAGUACCAUGACUUUGAAUACAGAUUUACAUUUACAGCAUUUAGCAGACGCUCUUAUCCAGAGAGACUUACAAGAAGUGCUUUGUCUAUCUAGAGAGUAUCUUUGCUAGGUACUGGUAGGUUAGAGAGAAAGUCUUGAGCUCAGAUACUGCUAGAAACAAAAGUCCACGUUGAUACCCAGAGAAAAGGGAACAGAGUUAAACACAGUGUAGUGAAAUACAACACAGUGGAAUACAGAUGGUUAAAUACAGAGCUUCGAAUCAUUAAACUUGACAUAUUAUUCUUUGGUUUCUGCUGUAGUUAUACUAUCCAUUAUUUUAUCCCUUUCUCAUUGUGGACACAAUCAUGCUAUAUAUAUGUAUUGUGUUUUACACCCAUUUAUCUUCUGUAUGUCUUCUUGUUGUCACAUCACCUAUAACCACUUAUACUUGAUGAAUGUAGCUGAAUAAAUUCUUUAAUAAAUAUGA